AUGUCUUCCGACGGAAACAACGGCCCUGUCAUUAUCAAAGGCAUCCACGAUGGCUUCGAAGGAGGCGAACCAUCCAUGCGGUUGGAGCUGCGCGACAUGGUCGAAAAUCACCCGGACCAAUGGAACCUGUUCCUCCUGGGACUAGAGCGGUUCCAAAAGGUUGACGAGAAAGAACCGCUCUCGUAUUUCCAGAUUGCUGCCCAGAAAUGGCCGAAUGCUGAUUGGAACAAUGGAGAGCUGUACAAGCAUGUCAAUUACAUUGCAUCUGAGUUCGAGAAAGAUGGGAAGACGAAGUACAUUAAGGCCGCCAAGACCUUUCGACUGCCUUACUGGGAUUGGGCGCACCCUGAACUUCCAUUAUAUCCGGAUGAAGCUCUCUCAGCAACGGAACACACUCCAGAGAGACCCAACAGUCAGAAGGGAAAGCUCGAAGAAUUUUCUUACAAGAUGAACCCGCUGGCCCGAUAUAAGUUCGGAGAGUAUUCCCGGUCUCAGAAGAAGCAGAAACCCGAACUUCCCGGCGGCGACUUUGACAUAAUUCUGAAAGGAAAAAAGCUUGAAACCUCGAGAACCUUCGGUAGUCUCAGUGACCCCGAAGAGAAGAAGGCUCUCAUUGAGAAGUUGAAUAGCCGCGAUGUCGGCGCCAAGGGUAUGAACGUGUCUGAGAGAAUCAUCUUCCUUCUUCAGUCGUAUACGGACUUUGGUGCCGUGUCAAAUAACAAGGCAUUUGGCAAUAAGAAGGAUCCUCAAUUCGAAAAUUGGGGUAGCAUCGAAGAUGCCCACAAUGCUGUCCAUGUAUACAUUGGAGGCUACAUGGGUGACGUCAGGAUCGCUGCUUUCGACCCCAUCUUCUGGCUGCACCACGCCAACAUUGACCGUAUCUUCGCCAUAUGGCAGGCCUGCAAUCCUGGGAAAUACGUUACACCGCAGUAUCCGACCGAAGACACCGUUUUCCGGGCGAAAGACGUGAAGGAGGACAAAGACACCUCAUUGCCUCCGUUUGCUCAUGCGGUGAAGGAGGAUGGCAGCCAGGUCUUCUGGACAUCAGUCGGAGUGGAAAACACCAAAGAUCUCGGCUACGUCUAUCCGGAGACUCAGAGCAAGUUUAAGACUAGGAAGGACGUUCUCAACGAAGUCGAUCGUCUUUACAAGAAAAGAGCCUCCUUCGCCAACAUCUUGCGAACCCAGCCAACAGAAGCUCGUACUUUGCGUGCGCUUCAGGACCGUGCCAAGGCCCAUUUGGGGGUCUCUAGCACCGAGGACGUUGAACUCCCGGCCGGUCGCGACCUCCGCAAUUUGGCAGUCGGCAACAAGUAUCUCGAAUGGCUGGUCAACAUCAGAGCCAACAAACACGAGCUGGAUGGCAAUUACAUUGUCAAUAUCUUCAUCGGUGAUCCCUCGGCCAGCACGCAUCCUCUUCUGUACAUGAAGGACCACGCUCACGUCGGAUCUUUCGCCACCUUCGGUCAGGACGAACACAGCUCGUGCGAGAACUGCAAGAAAGGUCGCGAAGAAGAUCAGAGAAUCACUGGCCAGAUCCCUCUGACCAUCGCUCUUGUCGAGCGGUACUUGGCUGGACAGAUCGAGAGCCUUGCACCUGAGCACGUGGUUGCGUACUUGAACGACAACAUUCGAUGGAAGGUUACGCUUCCCAAUGGAGAGCUGAAGUCGCCGGGGGACCUGAGCAACCUCCUUGUUUGCGUUGUAUCGAACGAGGUCACUUUCAACCCCAAUGACCCGACGGCGGUUCCAAAGUAUUCGGAAGAGGUCAUUGCUUACGAGAAUAUCACCAACGAUAUUCCUGAGUCCUUCAAUACUGGUUAUAAUGGCGGCAAUUACUAG